GUGGACGUACCUCUCUUCACACAAAGUCAACAGCUGUUUCAGUGGAGGGGGGUAGACCGCCUAAUCUCACAGUUCUUUAGCCGCAUAAGAGAUCUCGGGCUUAAUCGAACCGUAUCUGUUCAGAUACCCUCUCGGGCUCUACAAGAGGAAUCUUGUGAAAGAAAAACCCUUCUAGAUGUCCAAGACCGGUUUCUCAUACAGCAGUCGACAAACAAUCCCUGGAAUCUACUCGACCUUCAAAGCCCGAUACCUUCAGCCCUACCAUCUUUCCUAGAAGGGGAGAAUUGCCAACUCCUCCUCCGGAUACGCGAUGUAGCUCUGAUAGGCAACAGUGUUGAACGGAUAGCAGCGCCUGCGCAAGAUUGGAACAUGUGGCGUAAUAUUAUUGACUGGGCGCUCCUGUCUGAAGGGGGGUAUAAUACGGCGCCACAUAUGGACAGCCACGGUUUCUCGACCUGGAUUACGACUCAAGAGGGACGUAUUGGUUUCGGGUGGAUGUCCCAACCAAGUCAGCAGGAAGAAGAGACAUGGAUGUCUGAUCCACACAACUUUACUGGAGGAAAUUGGAGAUACGUUGUCCUUUCACCAGGACAAACAGUAUUUUUCCCGUCUGGCACUAUCCACUUUGUCUUUCGGGUACAAGGGGAACAGACGUUCGCGCUAGGUGGCCAUAUCCUUCAGUGGUCUGGCGUCGAUCGAUGGCUUAAAGUGGUCAUCGCUCAGAUGGAAAACCCAGAAAUUACGAACGAAGAUAUGGAACAAAGUGCUUUAAAGUACGUCUACAUCGCCAAGGAGCUUCUGGAAAAUCGGAUCCGAGCAGGCAGG